UGCAAACAUCGUUUCAGUUAAGAGUAGUACCAGCUUCGAUUUGGCUUUCUUACAUUUUCACGUUACACAUUAGAGAUAAUUUUCGACUCGAAUAACGAUUUAUGCAAUUAUUGCGACAUGGGGGAGACAUCUAGCUCUCCUAUCUUCACACGAGAUGACUACACCGUCGGAUGGGUGUGUGCACUCUCAACAGAAUUAACAGCGUCAACGGCCAUGCUGGACUUGAAACAUGAGCCGCUCAGCAUUCCUUCAGGGGAUGAAAACAGCUAUACGCUUGGUUCUAUUGGAAAGCACAAUAUAGUCAUAGCUUGUUUACCAAAAGGCAAGCAGGGGACCAUCUCCGCAGCAGUUGUGGCGGCCCAGAUGCUCGAUUCUUUUCCAUUAGUGAAAUUCGGGCUGAUGAUUGGUAUUGGAGGGGGCGUUCCUACUGAUGACCACGAUAUUCGUCUGGGAGAUGUUGUCGUUAGCACACCGACAAGCUCAUUCCCGGGCGUGGUUCAAUGGGAUAUUGGCAAGGCAAAGGAGGGCGGCAGCUUUGAGCGGACUGGGUCGCUGAAUAAUCCCCCGCGUACUCUAUUAACAGCACUGCACCGCUUGGAGACACAGCAUGAAAUGGAAGGGUCCAGUAUUGAGACGUACGUCGACGAAAUGAUAACAAGGUGGCCAAGGUUGACGCAAAAAUAUGCCCGGUGUGAAUCACUCAAGGACAUCCUCUUCGCAUCAGACAACCAUCAUCAAGCCAACCCAACUGAGGAUGGGCGACCAAGACUAGACAAAGAAAAUUGUGAUUCCUGUGAUGUCGCAAAAAGCCGUAAACGGAAGCGAAGAAAUAGUGUAGAGGUGCACUACGGUCUCAUUGCCUCUGGAAACAAAGUUGUCAAAGAUGCCAUCCUUCGAGACAAGCUAAACCGCGAUCUUGGUGGCAAUGUUCUGUGUAUAGAGAUGGAAGCUGCAGGGCUGAUGGAUAGUUUACCUUGUCUUGUAAUUCGAGGUAUCAGCGAUUAUGCGGACUCUCAUAAGAACGACGCCUGGCAAGGAUAUGCAGCAGCCACUGCGGCUGCGUUUGCGAAAGAGCUUCUCUCGGUAAUUCCUGCACAUGAGGUGAAACAGAUGGAUAACAUCAAAAGUAAGAAGCCCAAUUCUUCCAACGAAUGCUCUAGCAAUGUCAACUCCUACAAGUGAAGACCAUUUAUGCAAAUUCAAGAUGGAAAUUGCAUCAUGGAUGGGGCCAACAGCUCUUGAAAGAGCUUGAAACGAAAUCCAGUGUUGAUAGCUAGGUUAUAUUGAGCUAUGGCUCAUAUGUCAAAAAAUCUAUGUUAACAAAUGUUUUCUUAGCUAUUGUUGGCAAAGUCGGUAAAAUAUCUAAAGACGUGAAAA